AUGGAUAUGAAGCUCUUGGUCCAGCUGGCAGCAUUUGCCUUCAUCUCCCUCUUGGUGCCCACACAUCAUCUCACUGAAGGGAGUGUCCAUGAUCCCCUGCUGGUCCUGGAUGGUUAUGAGGAUGGUGGGAUUCGACUCAAGUGUUUCUCUGAGAGGUCGUUUGCUGAAGUCCAGGUGCUGUGGAGAGAUGGUCAGGGAGGCACCACCAGUGGGACUCCUGUGGCCACCACUGCCAAUGCCACCAGCUCCAUCGUCCUGAAACCAGGGGCUGGAAACUCCAUGUCCUGCAAAAUACUUGAUAAAGAGCUGAAGACGUGGACGGAAUCUUCAGUUGUCAUUGCAGAUGUCUUCUUCCCUGCCACCUCCCCCUGGUUGGCUGCCUUCAUGGUCAUCCUGUUCUUGGGCGUCUUCCUGGUUCUGGCUGCAGUUUAUCAACUCCGGAAAUAUAACAAAACGAUGAUCCGGGAAAAGAUCGACCAACUCCGGGAGAAACUGGAGAUCGACCAACUCCGGGAGAAACUGGGAAAAGAGGAGCUGGAAACCAGGAUAGCCAAAGUCAAGGAGGAGCUGGAUCCUGAACCAGAACCAAAACCUGAACCAGAUCCAGGACCAGAUCCAGGACCAAAACCAGAUCCAGAACCUGAACCACAUCCAGAACCAGAUCCAGACCCAGAACCAAAACCUGAACCAGAUCCAGGACCAGAUCCAGGACCAAAACCAGAUCCAGAACCUGAACCACAUCCAGAACCAGAUCCAGACCCAGAACCAAAACCUGAACCAGAUCCAGGACCAGAUCCAGGACCAAAACCAGAUCCAGAACCUGAACCAGAUCCAGAACCAGAUCCAGACCCAGAACCAAAACCUGAACCAGAUCCAGGACCAGAUCCAGAUCCAAAACCAGAUCCAGAACCAGAUCCAGAAACAGAUCCAGAACCAGAACCAGAUCCAGACCCAGACCCAGGUGGAGGCUCCUGA